AUGAGUGCAUUGUACACCUCGAAACCAUUGACGUUUUCUUUUAAAUUGGAUUUGUUUAUACAAUGUUGUUUGGGUGUUCAGUGGUUUCAUGAAAUUCUCAAGUUAGUCCACGGCAACAUCAAACCGUCCAAUUUCCUUCUCAACGAAAAAUUUGAAAUCAAAUUGUCUGAUUUUAAUUAUUCAACAGAUGAAGAGGAUUCCACUCUACGUAAAAAAGUUAAUGAAUCGACCUUUUAUUGUCCUCCAGAAGUUUUGGAUGGCACUAAAAACACAGUAAAAGCAUCAGACAUUUACAGUCUUGGUAUGACUCUCUGGGAAGUUAUUUAUGAACUCUCUCCAUUUAAUGAGUGGAGAGACAUCAAUUCGCCACAAGAACUCUCCUCACACUUAAAAGAGGGACUCCGUCCAUUUUUAUUGUUUAAUUAUUUAGAAAACAACUGUGGGAAUGAUAUGAAAAGCAAAGAAAUUGAAUCGAAAAAGGUCGAGUUCGAUUACGUCUUUGAAAGUGCGAACAUUGAAAUUGAAAAUGCAAUGAAAAAGUGUUGGGUCACCGAAGAGAAGAAGCGAGUAAAUAUAACUACGUUACUUGACACAAUUAUUGACAUAAAAAGAAGUGCCGAAUUUGAAGACGAUAGUGCAGCAGUCUGGUGGAAGAAAAAUUUUGAGAAGAAACAAAUAACUCAAAGUGUCUCAGUCAAUGAGUUUGUAGCUGCACUAAAAAAGAGUGAUGUGAUAAAUGCAACACAAGAAGACUGUAUUACACAGUACCUCAAAUUAUUUAAUGAAGUUGACUUGAAAAGGUUUGAAUAUCUUUUGGAUGCGUUUGGACACUUUUUCAAGUCUAAACCAUUAAUGAAAAAGAUGGAGAGUGUCGUUGGCGCAGACUGGUUUUUCCCAAAUUACACAAAAGACCAAGCAACAUCACAAAUUGAAAGUGAGAUAGAUGGAACUUUUUUAAUUCGAGAAAGUAAGACUGAAAGAAAUUCGCCAUGCACACUGACUAAACGUGAAAAAGGAAAAACGGUUAACUCAAGAAUAACGUGCACUAUGAAAGGAAAAGAAGUUGAAUAUUCAAUCGGUGUCAAAGACAGAAUUUUGUCAAGAACAGAUUUAAAAGAACUCAUCGAAAGAUUGCAAGCAACCAAGAAAAUAACUACUCCUUGCUCUAAACUUGAAAAAAGUUCAUUUUACAAGUAA